AUGAUAUAAUAAUAAUAUCCACCUAGCUUAGAAGAAAUAGACGAGAAAGAAAGCAGUUAUGGUAAAAUUCUUAGUAUAGAUGGACCAUGUAUGUAGUCAUUUUCCAUUAUAAGUAAUUACUGUGGAGAAUAUGCCAAAAGCAGAAAUAUUUGAAGUAGUGAGGUUAGGUUAAAAAAAGUUGGUCGGAGAGAUUAUUAAGUUGAAAGAUAGCACUACAUUUAUUUAAUGUUUCGAAGAUACAUGUAAUAAAAUGUUAAUGAUAAGCUGGUUUAAGUGUGGACGAUCCUGUGAUAAGAACUAGAUCUCCCUUUUCUAUUGAAUUAGGUCCAGGUUUAAAAUUGUAUUGACAUAGGUAUUUUUACAUAAGUUUUUGAUGGAAUUCAACGAAGAUUAUAAAUAAAUUAAGAUGGAUCAUUCUUUUAUGGUCCUGGAGAUAUAAACAGUGCAGGACUAGAUCAUGAUAGAAUUUGGGAAUUUAAACCAUCACCUAAUGUAAAAGAAGGUAAAAUGAUUUAUGGUGGCGAUAUUUAUGGGUCAGUUUUUGAAAACAAUCUUUUUGAUGAACACAGAAUAAUGGUAAAUCCUUAAGUUCAAGGCAGAGUUACCUAUAUUGCCCCUGAAGGCAAUUAUACAUUAAGAGAUAAAGUUUUGGAAGUCGAAUAAGAUGGUAUCAUUAAUCAGUAUGGAAUGAGUUAAUUUUGGCCUGUUAGAUAAUAAAGGCCGAUAUUACAAAAAUUAGAAGGCAAUGCACCUCUUGUUACAGGAAUAAGAGUGCUUGAUGGACUAUAUCCAUCAGUCUAAGGAGGUACUUGUUGUGCAUCAGUGAGCUCAAUUGGUGGUAAAAUUUUUAUAUCUCAGUCGACAAGUAAAAAUUCAAAUUCUAAUUGCAAUAUUUAUGUGGGAUGUGGGGAAAAUGAAUCUGAUAUUUUUAGAGUAAUUGAUGAAUUUUAUGACCAAAAAAUUCCAAUUAAAGAUCAUUAGGAAUCUAUAACAUAAAAAACAUGUUUAAUUGCUAAUUCUUCAAAAAUGACAAUGCCCUCUACUGAAAUAUCAGUUUUUACAGGGAUAACUAUUGGCGAAUAUUUUAGGGAUAUGGGUUUCAAUGUUUCAUUUAUUAUUGAUUCAACAAAUCAAUGGAUUCAUGCUGUAAAUUAAAUUUAAGAGAAAAUGGGCGAAAUACUAUCAGCAGAGGCAUAAUCUCAAGUUCUAACAGCAAAAUUAGGGCAAAUUUAUAAUAGAGCAGGAAGGGUUAAGUGCUUAGGUUCACCGGACAGAAUUGGAUCCAUUACUAUGGUAGGAAUUGCCACACAAUCAGAAGGAGUAUAAUUAUGUAUUUGAAUCAUUAGGACUGGGCCAACCCUGCAACUAUUAGCACAAUUAACAAUUCAUAAGUCUUUUGGCUAUUCGACAAGAGAUUAUCCUAAAGAAAUCAUUUUCCUACUUUAGACUGGAUUAGUUCAAAUUCUAAAUAUGAUCAACUAUUAGAUCCAUAUUAUAGCUCCAUAAAUCCUGAAUUCAAUCAUUUAAAAGCGAAAUUAAAAUAAAUUUUGAGUGAAGAAUUAGAACUAAUUAAUAUAAUCUAGUUAGGAGAAACACCUUUAUCAGAAGAACAACAAUUAUCUUUGGAAGUAAUGUCUAGUUGAAUAUUAGAUGAUCCAAAUAAUUAGAGAACAGUUCAUAUACUAAAAUACAUUCAAUGAUUAUGAUGAUAAUUGUACUCUUCUUAAAACAAUAGGCAUGAUGAAAUGCAUAGCUACCUUUUAUGAAUGUGCUUAGAAGGUCCUUGUUGAAUCUUCCAAAGAUGAAAAUAUUACUUGGAAUGUAUUAAAGUAAAAAGUAAAAGAUCAAAUUUACAAAUUGAAUGGAAUGAAGUUUUAUGUAUAAUAAUUUUCCAACAUUAUAUAGAAAAUCAAGAAAUCAGAGAUAGAAAUGUAUUUUUCUAGUUUUGCAAAUGAAAUUUAAUUUGCAUUUGAAAAUUAACAAGAAGGAUGA